AUGGCUUCCAAUCCAUCAGGACAAAAUCCUCCUACUUAUUCUCCUCCCGUGACCGUCCAGCGCGACAUUACACGGGUCACUAUGGAGACGUUUAUGGAUAGUCACGAUCAUAAGCCAGUUCACAAAAAAAGCUGCGUAAUUUUGAGGGACCUGAUACCUAUUGAGCUUACUCUUCAGGAUAUUGACCUAUUACAAUCACAGCCCGAAUUGGUGAUCAUGAGCUUGUCCUUUGAUAAAUGGCGGGACUUUGUUUUCGCAGGAGGUGAGGAUGUUUGCGAACGUUUAUCAGGCCGACCUCCACACUACCUCGAGGACUUGGAUAUCAAUGUUCAUUUAUCAACAGACGAAAUUAUGCAGAUGGAGCCGUCUAGCGAUGGAUUUAGAAUUGCGGUUAUAAUGUGGUUGGCCAACAAUCCAUAUGGUAGAGUCAUGAGAAUCACUCUCGCUGUCAACCCGCCCCCUUACCAGGAGUCUUACCAGGUCCCUGCAGUCAUUCCCUCUGUGAUGGAACCCAUUAACAUGGCUCAGCCGACGUUUCGCAAUAUCGUGAGCCUAGCGUCCUCAUACCCGGGUCCUAGAGCCAAUCCCCCCUUGAUGGAAACCAUCAACAGGGCUCAGCAGAUGUUUCGCAAUGCCAUGAAUGAAGCGUCCUCAAACCCGGGUCAUGCAGUCAAUCCUCCUGUGAUGGAAACCAUUAACAGGCUUCGGCAGAUGUUUCGCAAUGCCUUGAACGAACAAAACGACCUAGGACCGAGACGAUUUUAA